AUGUCCAAGCGCUCCCGAAGUCUUUCAACCUCCCCUCCAAUCGACCCGUCUCCGCUCGAGACCCGGGCAAGAUCCUCUUCUCCAGCAUCAUCAACACCUCAAGGACGCCCAAAACAGCUUCAUCUCCAGGGUACAACCAACUCCGCAGUCGAGGUGAUGCGCUGUUCCUUGCCGCCGCAUAGGGAGACACUCUCGUUCGCCUCGUAUGUGGAUUAUGAGGUCCAUUAUCGACAAGCACAUGUGAAUCGGUGCGUUGAAUGUGGGAAGAAUUUCCCGACGGAUUUGUUUUUGAAUUUGCAUAUUGAAGAGAAUCAUGAUUCUCUGAUGAUUGCGAGGAGAGAGAGGGGGGAGAAGACUUAUGGCUGCUUCAUUGAGGGUUGUGACCGGAAAUGCUCAACUCCUCAGAAGCGUAGAAUGCAUUUGAUAGACAAGCACAUGUUUCCAAAGGCAUAUAAUUUCUACAUAGUCAACGACGGAAUCGACAAACAAACAUCCCUGCUGCGACCGAUGAACUCUAGCAACAGACGUCGAUUUUCAAACGCUCCUACGUCACCAAAGGAAGGACGUCUAAGAAACCGUCAGACUUCCAUAUCGCAGCCAGGGAAUCAACUAUCUCCAAUUUCAUUGACUGGAGCAGUAUCUCAAACACAGGCCGAGAGAGAUCCCUAUGAUAUGGACAUCGCAGACCUUGAGAAGUCUAUGUCUGCUUUGCGAUUUGUGCCUACGAGUGUCACGAGGAAUCAGAGGAAACCUGGAAGUCGGCCCUGA